AGGAGGAACUCACAGACUGACAGCUCAAACUAGGUAGAAGUACAAUCCUCAGACCCAUGCAAACUCAGUGUGCAUGCACACACACAGAACUCAAAUUCAGAAUUUUGUAGAAAGCUGUAAUUGAAAGAACUGGGAGCCCUGCUGAUAAAGAAGCUUAUUCUUCUGGCCUAAAAAGGGGAAGGCACUAAAGGCAGAAGUCCUGAAGUACUAUUUUGAAUAACCCAUCAGGAAAAGCAUCAAAAUCAUGAAUGGGCCAGUAGAUGGCUUAUGUGACCACACUCUGGAUGAUGAAUGGGAAUUCAUGUUUACUUCUGAAUCAGUAGGAGAAGGGCAUCCAGAUAAGAUCUGUGAUCAGAUCAGCGAUGCUGUGCUAGAUGCCCAUCUCAAAGAAGAUCCAAAUGCCAAGGUUGCUUGUGAGACAGUAUGUAAGACAGGAAUGGUGCUGCUGUGUGGGGAGAUCACGUCUCUCGCUGUAGUGGAUUAUCAGCGAGUAGUGCGAGAUGCAAUUAAGCACAUCGGCUAUGAUGAUUCAGCUAAAGGCUUUGACUACAAAACUUGUAAUGUUCUGGUGGCAUUGGAACAACAGUCACCUGAUAUUGCCCAGGGUGUUCAUCUACACAGGAAUGAAGAAGAUGUUGGUGCUGGAGAUCAGGGUUUGAUGUUUGGUUAUGCAACAGAUGAGACAGAGGAAUGUAUGCCUCUAACAAUUAUCCUUGCUCACAAACUGAAUGCCAAGUUAGCAGAGAUGAGGCGCAGUGGUGAACUCCCUUGGCUGAGACCUGACUCUAAAACACAGGUCACUGUUCAGUAUGUCCAGGAAAAAGGAGCGGUGAUCCCAGUCCGUGUUCACACCAUUGUGAUAUCUGUGCAGCACGAUGAAGGCAUUUCACUGGAGACUAUGCAGAAAGCUCUGAAGGACCGUGUGAUUUCAGCUGUAGUUCCUGCCAAAUACUUGGAUGAGAAAACUAUUUAUCACCUUCAGCCCAGUGGACGUUUUGUUAUUGGAGGGCCACAGGGUGAUGCUGGCGUUACUGGUCGAAAGAUCAUUGUGGACACAUAUGGUGGAUGGGGAGCUCAUGGAGGUGGUGCCUUUUCAGGAAAGGACUAUACAAAAGUUGACCGAUCGGCAGCAUAUGCAGCUCGCUGGGUGGCUAAAUCAUUGGUGAAAGCUGGUCUAUGUCGUCGCGUUCUAGUUCAAGUUUCUUAUGCCAUUGGAGUGGCUGAGCCACUCUCUAUUUCACUGUUCACUUAUGGAACCUCCCAGAAAACAGAGCGAGAGCUGUUAGGUAUUGUUCACAAGAACUUUGAUCUUCGACCUGGAGUCAUUGUAAGGGAUUUGGAUUUAAAGAAGCCCAUUUAUCAGAAGACUGCCUGUUAUGGUCACUUUGGAAGAAAUGAAUUUCCAUGGGAGAUACCUAAAAAACUUGCAUAUUGACAGUAAUGCUUCUACCUCCAAUGCAGAAGGGAAGAAGAUUGCGCUAGUCAAGAUGCUUCCAGAAAUGAGUAUUGACUACUUUUAUACAAUGGCAAUUUUCUAGCUUUAACAUUUCAGAUUUUCAGUGCACAGAAGGAAAUGGUUAUUUUCAUGGGAUUGAUUUUUACCCUAAAUGUUUUAUCCAGGUUCAUUAUCAAAGGCAUCAAAGGCACUAUUCAUUUAUAUCACCAUAUGCCACCAAAAAUUAUGUUUUGUUUUUUAACUGCUGCUCUGUUGGUUGGACUGAUGAAAGCCAAAAUAUCAUUAGGACACACCAACCUACCUUUACACCUCAAAUCUAUCACAGUGUGGUCUUACAUGCAAAGGAAAAGCUGUUCCUUGCAACUUUGCAUAUGGAGUUGUAAGUCUGCUGACAUUCAUGAUUCCACAGUGGAGAGUCCUAGGGUACAGUUUCCUUAUUGGAGCUGGUUUCACAAACAGUGGUAAGGCAUUUUGCCCAGAAAGAGUUCACUAUUGCCUAACUGCACCAUAUCCUCACUUUCAGGGGAAGUUACUACGUACAUAGUGUUUAAACCUUCUUUAGAGGUUGCCUGCUGUUACCAUAGUGUUCUAAUUAACUAUACUUUAAAGACUUAUUAGACUUUAUAUAAUACUCUUCUGGCAAAAAAGUUUUUAGUUACUUUCAUAGGUGCCUUUUUUAUAUAUAGUCAUAUAUCAGCUCAUCAGAUUUUAGACUGAAUGGCUCAUCUCAACCUGUGGCACAUUAUACUGCCACUGACUUUAGUACUGGCCAAAAUUAAUACUACCUGCCAAUGUCACUGCUAUCAAACACAGGAGAGCAAAGUACUAUUAGUACUCCAUAGUUAAUAGAUUUUAAGGGCAUACUGUUAAGGUAUCUUUCACUAUGACUAUCUUAAUUUUCUCAAUGGUGUUUAUAACAACCCUGUAUGAAAAUGAAACUGAUUUUUGUUUACUGUAAUGUACUUUUUUAUUUUUAUGCACACACAGGUUUCUUAUUAGAAUUGUCAGACUCAAUGUGUUGGUUAUUGGCACUGAGGCAAUUUGGGAACAAAAUCUGCACACACAAGUACUCACAAGACAAUAGAGAAAAACAUUGGUCCUAUGAACCUUGACAUCUCUUUAAUUGAAAUGUAAAUGCUUAAGUAGGCCACUAGAUGGCAGUACCACAUACCAUAGAUUUUUAAACUUAACAUCUGUGAAAAUAUUUCUUUGCAGGUGGGAUUUCAAACUGACUUGAGUAGGGCACACAUCACUGCCCGAGUUAAAAAAAAUACCAGCUACUUUUUAUUUUAGAGAUAUGUCAUGAUCCAGGCAAUAGUUAGUUGUGGAAAAAUGCAGUUUUGUGUGCCCACAUACUGUGAGGUCUUAAAAAGUUAAACAGAAAAGGGAAACGGUAAAUCUGCAAACGACUCAAAGAAUUUGGAAUCUAUUGAAAUUAGGGUCGUCACUGAUUUCAGUGAGACUGGGUCUUGAUUUUCUGGUGCCACUUUCACAUUAUGAUAACCAAUAAGGAGUGAAAUUAAUUUUUCUGACAAAGUGUGAGCCAGAUAUGAUACUCAAAAUUCACCUGCAGUUUAACAGAUCAACAGGCCUUCUGUACUGGAGAAAUUUUAUCUCCCUCUCUCCACCCUCCUCUCCCACUCUAUACACACACACACAAACUUUUGUUUAAUUACAUAGUUUCCUGAAUUGUGAAGGGAGCAGUUAGAAUAAUCAUGUGAAUGAUUCCAUCAUCACAGAUUUUAAAAAAAGUCACAAAGCAGUAAAAGCACAGAUAUUAUUCAAGCUUGUCUUCUUCCUGUGUCUCUCAAGUUUAAUACACAGAAAUCUCCUGCUGGUCAAGUCAUGGGUAUUUCCUUCAUCAUUUGUGUGAUGCAUCUCAAAUAACAAUUUGUUGGUUAUGUAGCUAAAAAUAGGAUUUUGAACUCAGAUCCCCAGAGGAAAGAUGCCUCAGAGCAUACCUGCAUUUCACAAAGAGAGUUGCCUUUUAGUCAAAAAUAUCUUUGAGAGCAGCUUCACCUAAAGAAGUCAAUUGGCAAAAAUGGCCUGGCGAGAUUCUGUAUUCAUUCCAACUCCCUACUCCAACUUUCAUUCCAACUUUCCAUAUCAGAACUGCUCAGUUUGCAAAUAGAGUUGUUGUGUGUCAUUGCUAGCCUCACACAUGUUGGGACAGGGACCAUCUUUUUUUGUUCUGUAUUUGUACAGCAUUUAGUGCAAUGGAACUUGAUCCAUGACUAAUGCUCUUAGGUGCCACUAAUGUACAAAUAGUUUUGCUCAGGUUCAGGGUGGUUUCUUUCUAUCUCAGGCAUUAUCACUAAUAUCCUUGGACCCAUAUUGUUCAACAUCUUCAUUAAUGAUGUGGACAUUGGAGUCAGAAGCGGACUGGCCAAGUUCGCCGAUGACACCAAACUUUGGGGUGAAGCAUCCACACCUGAAGACAGGAGGGCGAUCCAGGCUGACCUGGACAGGCUCAGCAAAUGGGCAGAUGAAAACCUGAUGGUAUUUAACACUGAAAAAUGCAAGGUUCUCCACCUUGGGAGGAAAAACCUGCAGCAUCCUUAUAGGCUCGGCAGUGCUACGCUGGCUAGUACUAUGGAAGAAAGAGACUUGGGGGUCAUCAUUGACCACAAGAUGAACAUGAGCCUGCAAUGCGAUGCUGCGUCUAGUAAAGCAACCAAAACGCUGGCUUGCAUCCAUAGAUGCUUCUCAAGCAAAUUUACUCAGGGUGAUCCUUCUGCCACACAAUAUUAAAUUGUCAGUUCAGGUCAUGGUAACCUACUGCCCCACAGGUACUGGUUCUAUUUAUAUGGUUUCCUUACCAAUGAAUUACAGAAGCCCACAAGGCCAUUUUUACAGUCUCUUUUGUUGGCAAAUAAAAAUCAUACUUUGCUGCUAAUCUGUUACUAAAAAACAUGCUGCUGCUGUUCAACGACUGUUUGUGUUGUCUGUCAGGCUACAGAUAACAAAGAAAUGUAUCUAUUAAUUCUGUCUCAAACUAAUACAGAAAUACAGUUGUAGUUCUACACCUACCUGUUUGAUAGGAGCUCCACAACAUGACCUAACAGUCAAGAAGUCAGUGAGGAUCUUUCCACUCUCUUCACUGAGGAUUGGAUCGAGGAAAUAUUGGAAACAUCAUUGGGAAAGGAAGGAAGCUUGCAGAGGAGAAUCUGAAAAAUCUCCAUAUAGCUGAAAGCAUUGGUUAUCACAGUGUUACAGGAAAAACACUGGCAAUCUUGGAAAUGUAACAUGAUUUCAUCAUCAUAAAUUUAGGCUGCUAUAGAGGAAAUAGCAGCAACAGUUCUGGCCAUGAGAAACCCAUUUAAUGUAAAAAUGAGAAUUUAUGAUGAUUUUAUGUUGUUGACAUAAAAAACCCUGAGCCAAGAAAGUCCUUUUACCUUUGUAUUUUUGCAUGAUAAGAAUUGUAAGCAUGUUUGUGAGAAAAUAUUACUUUGUAAUGUAAGUUGCAUUUAGUAAUUUGCUUCAUGAUACAUUUGUUCUUCUGAAUACACUAGCUCCUUUUCUUUUAAAUGUGGAUGCAAAAAUAUGCUAAGACUCUGUCUGACUGGGAGGCUUACCUAUUGCUGUGACUGGUUGACAUCAACGGAUCCUACCAGAAAUAAUAAGAAAAGUUGUUUUAAGUUAGGGCAUGGAUGGACAUUUGAAAUAAUCCAAAUCCCUUCAAAUUUGGUGUGCUUCAGUGCUGAGCAGAGAUGUGAUCCUGCUACCACGGUGUUUCAAAAUGACUGCAAAAAUAUGCAGCAGCAUGUCUCUCUCUAGCAAGGGGGAGGUGCAUAGGAGCGUGCUUGUUGGCUGACUGUCUCACUCUCCUCCCAGCCCUCCUCCAGUGCAAGGGUAGAGAGCAGAGCAUUGUGGGAUGCUGGUGGACCACUAGAGGUUGGAGUUGCUUUAGGAAGUACUUCAAAUAUGUGCCUGUUUUCUCAAGGGUUGUUUUUGAAGUUCUUCUUUGGUUGUGAAUGUCUGUACCCUCACUAUUUGGAACACUUCAAAGACAUCUGGAGAGCUUCCACCCACACAUCUGUCUAAGGUUUUAAUAUAGAUAAAAUGGAUGCAGUGGCAGACAGUUGACGUAUCUUGCUGAGGCUCCAGAGGCAUAAGUGCAAGGCAAUCUCUGGACUUACAUCAAAGGUUCUCUUGGGCUUUGGGCCUGAAGUCUGGAUGUGGUGUGAAGUUACAUCAUUCAUGUCCACUGCUGGCUGUAGAAACCAUUGUACUUUAAUCAUAUUGUAUCUAUGAGUUGCUGGGUUUACAAGGACAUUUGCCAUUAACGUUUUGGUAGGCAGGACAAAUGAGUUUUCAGUCCAGUUCCAGACUGUGAUUAAGUCUCAGGUUCCCUGUCUGUAUAUGGAACUCAAGUACUUUACACUAGCAGUUACUUCUUGUCAAAAUUAUUAAGUGUGGGAUGGGAAUAAAUAACUGUGAGAAGAAUGUUUCAUGUACUUUCUGUUCAGUUACCUCCUUUAAAUAUGCCUCCUUUAAAUCUGACUGGUUUGGUGCUUAGCAUUCAGAAUGGAUUCUCAGUCCCAGACUAUGAGAUCUUUUGUGAGUCAGAUGUAUGUUAGUUUUCUUGUAUGUACAGUGGGCUAAUAAUAACAACAUCCAUACUAGUAAUAUCUACCUACCUCACAGGCAUGUUGUGAGGCUUGAUUUAACUGUGAAAUUGACUGAGAUCCAUGGGUUAAAGGUGCUGUAGGCAUGCAGUUAUUAAUGUUGCAGAUAAUUUUCCUUGUGCUCAGUAAACAGUUCUGAAGAUG